CUCCCCCUCCUUCUCUCUCGGACGUUCUGUUGUCCAGCUAACUGCGCCAUUACGAAAACAUGGCGAGCACAGUGGCGAAGAAAUGCCUCAGUCCUCUGGCUUUACUCACUCGGAGGCUCUCAGUUCCUGAGUUCAUCUCUCCGUGCUGCUACCACAAGAAGGUGGUGGAUCAUUAUGAGAACCCGAGAAAUGUGGGAUCGCUGGACAAAAACUCCAAGAAUGUUGGAACAGGAUUGGUUGGGGCCCCGGCUUGUGGAGACGUAAUGAAACUGCAGAUUGAGGUAAAUGCGCAGGGGAAGAUUGUGGACGCUAGGUUUAAAACCUUUGGCUGUGGCUCUGCCAUCGCCUCCAGCUCCCUGGCAACCGAGUGGAUAAAAGGCAAAACGCUGGACGAAGCUUUGGAGAUUAAGAACACUGACAUUGCCAAGGAACUCAGUCUUCCUCCCGUUAAGCUGCAUUGCUCAAUGCUUGCAGAGGAUGCCAUCAAGGCGGCCCUCGCAGACUACCGCCUCAAGCAACAGAACGACCAGCAGGAGGCAGUGAGAGCCAGCAACUAAACCCAGCACACCUACUUAGAGCCGGAUACCGUCUGCUUCCUGUUCAGAGUCAGAGAAAUAGCAGCAGUCCAGUAUCAUGGUUUUUUUUCCCAGCAGUAAUUAUAACAAACGCACAGUGUUCAAGCCGUUCUAGAAACUGUUACACAAGGAUCUUUGUGUUAGUCUGUGUCCUCGAACCCCGUCUACUGUAUAAUUGAGGCUGUCACGUAACGCACAAUGUACUGUUUGCGUUGAUGGUAUAAAGCUAAGCCUUAUGCUUUUUGAAUUUAUGUUUGGUUUUCAGAUUGUUUUCAGGAGGAAUUAUUAUUUUGAAAGGUUUUAAUGGAGGUUGAGAUCUAUGCUAAAGGCUUCUCUGGCUGAUUGCAUUUAAAGUGGAUUGAAGGGGUAAAAAAAGGGGGUCCAGUAGUUUGACAUGUAAUUUAUUGUAUUCACAAAAGCUACCUUGAAAGCCUGUAAUAAAAAUGCUUUUGCAUCAUUACA